AUGAACCUGACAAAGUUGUGGAUCACUGGUAUCAAUGAAAGCGGGCAGUUGGGAGAUGGGAACGACUACAAUGUUGCAAACUCAAAGCCGGUUCUCCUCCGUGGCAGAGUGAAGUGCAUUGGUUGUGGCGGCUCACGGUCGUUGGUGUGUGUGGGGCGGGUUGUUGCCAUCAAAGAGGAGGGUGGAGCGACCUAUCAGCUACAAGAAGUGACUGAGCUGUUGGUGACGGGGAGAAAUCAGUAUGGAGAACUUGGCAUCGGCAGUAAGUCCAAUCAGCAUAUCUUCACAGCGAUCCCCUUGUUCUCGAACAUCCCAGUCCGCAUGAUCGCUUGCGGGGAGUUCCACACGAUGAUUCUGACACAAGACGAGAGAGUGUUAAGCUGUGGGUGGAACAGAUGGGGCCAGCUGGGGAUGGGCGACAUCAUGGAUAGGGAGAGUUUCUCUCCAGUGACGGAAGUCAGCGAUCCCUUCAUGAUCUCAUGCGGAGCAGGCUUCUCUCUUUUGCUCUGUGGCAGGGGUGAAGUGUUCAGCUGUGGCAACAACAUGUCGGGACAGCUUGGAUUAGGCUUUGUCGGAACCGGAAGAUAUCCCUUCUUUCAAGGAGAUUUUGCACAGGACAGAAGUGAAUUUUCUUCCUACUGUUCAAGGUUUACCAAGGUCGUCAAUUUCUCGUCCACUGAAGUGACAUUGAGGUUUGUAUUUGGCAGGUUGAAAUUCUCGGCGAUAAGAUCAGAAGUGUCAGCUGCGGUGGUUUGCAUGCGCUUGCAUUGA